AUGUCAUCGUCGCAGCCGCCACAGCAGCCGGACGACUACUCGAAGCCCGAGGACUUUGUCAAGGUCAUGGGCGGCAAGACGCCCAGCAAGUUUACCGACCCCUGCGCCAAGGCGGCAAAGCAGUCGAUGAAGUGCCUCGACGACAACAACUACGACCGCACAAAGUGCGGAGAGGUCUUUAACCAGUACCGCGAGUGCAAGAAGGCGUGGACCAACCAGCGAAGAACCGACCGGCUCAACAACCGUCCUGGCGCCUUUGACUAA